AUGCCGACUAACCCUGGCCCGACCAACGACUCUGACGCGUCGACACCGCGCCGAUUGCCUGGCGAAACUUUUGCUUCAACUCUUGGCCAAGGCUUACUUGCUGAACUCGACUCUAGAACGCAGCUCCCCAAGCAGGAAGCAGAGGAAACUCACCCAGCUACCUCGGAUACCUCUGAAGUCCUAGUCCAAGUUGGCAGCGACCAGGGUUGGGAUCUUACCUUCCUUGAUCACGAGAGGCUCAAUAAUAACGCCGGCUUCCAGGUCGAUCCAAUGUUGACUACCACCACUCGCAACGACAACAACAACAAGGCCACUGACUAUUCCCCGCGAGCUGGAGUUACGGAAGACUACCCCUGCAUGGCUAGGAACGAACGUAUCCUGUCAUACCCCAUGCUCGACCUGACCCAGUCGCGCCACAAGCAGCAAAUACUCCAAGACCCGUCCACUGCGCCGUUAGUCUCGCCACCGUUGGCACGGGCUACGGUCAAGCUUGUCCCACUUUCGUCCUCAAGCUCGCACUUGCUGGCCCGUCGCCGAGGUGCUGCCGUUGCCGCCACGACUGAGGCGUCACAUGGUUCUGGCAACCCGCCAGCGGCUUUGUUUGAGCUAGCGAGUUCAGGAGCCUUGCCUCGACCGGGAAUUCCCUUCUCGAUCGCUGGUACUGCGUCUCCCCUUGGUGCCAAUGCUGCGCAUGAGUCUGACUCGUACUUCCCAAUGGGUCCUGUUAGAGCAUCGCUCGGUCUCGCCGGUACUGGCGAUCUCAAUACCGCCGCUCCAGCUCCGCUGCCGAUGCUUACUCGUUACCCUCGUCCCCCAUCCUGGUAUUUGAACUUGCCGCUCCGCCUUGCUCAGUUGUUGAGGCCUGAUUUUUUCCCUCAGCGGGCGUAUUGGUCGGACUAUGCCUAUCGCCGUAGGAGAGCGAGUCUCCUCUCUUGUGUGCUCUUUGCUGAAGAGGAGGAGGAGGAUCAGGGGCAAGUUUCGCCAUCUUCUUCGGACGAGGUGACGGAAGAGGAUGGCUCCGAGUUUGAGAUGGAUUCGGAAGCAAGUGUUAUCGAUGACCAGUCGUUGACACUGUUUCCUGUGCUUUCGUACUUGGAGGCGGAUGAUGUCGCGUCGUCUCGCUGUGCUGUCGAGAAGUUGGAUUUGUCAAACGGCAACGAGCCUUUGGAUGUUGUUGACUCCAUGGACGGACCUGGCUCUGCUGUCUCGCUUACAGAUGUGGCACAGGGUUCUAUCAAAGAUAACUCGUCCAACGGCACUCCGGCUUCUCAUUCCAUACCUGAAAAGUGGCCGCCCACAGAAAUGAGGAACUUGACUGUCAACUUUCUCUUUGACAUCCAACCCGCCUCGCCCCUCACAGACGCAUUCCCGCCUCUGAACCCUCAAGCGGAUGGAUUUCCGACGGCCGUGAAUGAUGGUCUUGAACCCGAGACAGCAGCAGCGCCACUUGACCAGAACCUGCAGGCCUUGCUUGACUUUCUCAACACCCCUGCCCGACCACCACUGUAUUCGUCUCUCGUUAUUCAAGAGGUUGAGAAUACCAUGACAUCGAUCGAUGCAACAUUGCCUGCGCACGAGUCCGAAUGCCACCAGUCCAACUUGACCGAACUUGAAGGUAAGGAAGGAAAGGAAGGAAAGGAAGAGCGUGGCUCCCAGUCAGUUUGGCCAUGGAUGAAACACAAGACCAUCCGCGCGGACCUUGAUCUCCUCAAGUUCACGGCGGACUAUAGCGUCGCCGUCAAAGUCAGGGAUGAUUUUGUGGAGACCUCUAGUCGCCUUCGAGAACAACAGCUACGCCACCUUAUCUACAUGCAUCAGGCCAUUGACGGGGAUGUGAGGAAAGAGGAGAAGCAGGAUAAGGAGGAGAAGGAGGAGAAGCUGGAGAAGGAGGAGGAAGGGGAGUGUCCAGUGGGCGACUGUGAGGAUCUGUUGGAGGAUCUCACUGUGAGCUCAUUGGCCCAGUCGUGGCUUGAUGACGAUUCUGAGACGGUGACGCCGGGUUCUAGGAUAGGGGGGUCUGGAAGUUCUACUCCGGUUGUCACGGCGGGAGAGGAGAUGAGGAUGAAGAAGAAGGAAGAGAGGGAUGAGUUUACGGCGAAGUUGGAUGUGGUGUUUUCGCAGCUCGGGGGACUCUUGGCGCCGCCGCCACGUCUGGCUAGGAAGGAGGGGCUCCUGCAGGGUGACUUUGCGCACGAGGAUUCGCAUGAACGCGUCCCUGAAGGGGCCGGCAAGAGCAGUCUUAUUGUCGAGAACCUCGCUUUUGUGGUCGAUGACGAAAUGGGAGAUUCUCAUGAGAGCCUCGUUCUCGGCAGCAAGAGUGCGUACGACUCUGACGAUGGUGAGGACGAGGAUGCCUUUGUCGACGCCUCGGAGGAAGACUACUCACAACACCCAAACGUGGUCCACAGACUGUUCCACAGUCACCCACACCUCCGAGACCUCUACCCACCCGAGAUCCCUCAAACCGUCAACCUCCCCAAGAGGCCUUCUUACAUCUUGGACGAGCAAGGUCAAAUACAGAUCCUCGCCCCCGACGCGCCUCUUCCAGACCUGUCGACCUGGACAUUCCAACCCGGACCUCAUCACACCCCCGUAGUCAACAAUAAGGUUGUAGUGACCUGCGAGAACUGCCUUGGUCAGUUUGGGAUAUCUCCCGACAACCUCGACGUCCUAGAGCGACACCAGGCCGAAUCCUGCCGAACGCCCUUACAGCAAAGGUGGCAGCGGUUCUUGUUAGUCGCCGAGAAGAUGACUAGUCGCGGGAAGGUUUGGGACACUGUUAGGAGACGAAGUCGGAGAGGAGUGUAUCGGUUAUCAAGUCAGACAAUCAAUUGGAUGAUGGACGCGUUGCUGGGGCAACUGCAGUUGGUUCAGGCGUUCGUUGAUGAGGAUGCCUUUGACGCGGACGCUGGUCGUCUUGUCGAAAAGGAGGAGGAGGAGAUUGUGAGAGAGGUGGUCCAGGGAUCCGGGUACUAG